ACCAGAGAGGCGUGGCUUGGCUUCACCUGCGACUGCUCCGAGGAGCAUGCAGCGCAGUACACAGUCAGAUCUCUGGAGCAGAGGCAUCAUUAGUAGCACAACAGCCAGGGAAUCCAAUGGAAACACAGGAUGACUGAUGCUUACUUUUUCUGAAACAGUCAGCGGGAAACCUUUGACAGAGCAAGGAUGAGUUAGCAGCCCAUGACUGCACUGCUGGAAGCGGGAGCUUGUUCUAGUGAAUCAGCAUCAAUUACACAACAGCAUUAUCUUCAGCAAAGUACUGCUGGAGGAACCUGCCUGGAUCUUAGCAGAACCUCAGUACAUCCUGUUGAUCAUGCGGCAGAUCAAACAGCCCAACUUCAUGCUGAUGGUGCUUGGAUACCUAAUACCUGUCAUUUGGGGUUUUCCAUUUGGACCGGUUCUUGAUGUGGAUGUCACCCCCAGGACAACUGUACAUGUCAAAGGGCUGCUGGGUUGUAAUCAUUUCCGUGGAGCUGCAGUGAACUACAGUUCUCUGUUACUGGAGGACGGACCAGGGUUGUUGUAUGUUGGGGCCAGAGAGGCCAUUUACAAGCUGGACACCUCUAACAUCUCUGAUACUAAUCUCUCUCUUUCUCUUGAAUGGGCAGCGUCUGCAGAACAGAAGAGGCAGUGCCUGAGCAAAGGAAAGAACAAUCAGACUGAAUGCUACAAUCAUGUGCGGUUCUUGGACAGAUACAAUGACACUCACCUGUACACCUGCGGGACGCAUGCCUUCAGACCACGCUGUGCUUACAUAGAUGUGGCACGCUUUACCUUUGUGCGUUUUGAGGAGGGAAAGGAGAAAUGUCCUUAUGACCCUACAACAGGCUACACUGGAUUCAUAAUAGAUGGUGAGAUGUACUCUGCCUCCCAGUAUGAGUUUCGUAACAUCCCUGAUAUAAGACGCAACUUUCCCUUCCCCAACUUGCGGACGGACGAUUCCCCAACAAGAUGGCUGCUGGAGUCAGAUUUUGUCGGCUCAGCGUUACUCAGAGAGAGCAUCAACAGCUCCAUUGGGGAUGAUGACAAACUCUACUUCUUCUUCACGGAGAGGAACACUGAACCGACAGCUUACUCCAGCCAGACCAAAGUGGCCAGGGUGGCCCGUGUGUGUAAGGGGGACAUUGGAGGACAGAGGACUCUUCAGAGGAAGUGGACAUCCUUUCUCAAAGCCAGACUGGUGUGCGCCAUUCCUGAUUAUGAGCUUUAUUUCAACGUGCUACACAGCGUUUUUGUCAUCGAGGGAAGCAACGUACACGACAGUGUCUUUUAUGGUGUUUUUGGACUUGAGUGGAGAAAUGUUAAGAUGUCUGCAGUGUGUGAGUAUUCACUCAGAGAUGUCCAGACAGCUUUUGAUGGGCCUUACAUGGAACUACAGGACACCAAAUGGAGGGAAUACGCUGGGAAAGUUCCAGAACCGAGGCCUGGCUCGUGUAUAACUGAUCAGCAUCGGGCCCUGCUCAUAAAUUCCUCCCGGGAUCUCCCUGACACCGUACUGAAUUUCGCUCGGAGACAUGCUUUAAUGUCCAGACAGAUCCAGCCAGUGGGAGGACGUCCUGUGUUGCUCCAGAGGAGCGCAGACUACACUAAGAUCGCUGUAAAACAGGUUGUGGGUUUGGAUGGACGCUUCUAUGACAUGCUCUUCAUUGGAACAGAUGAGGGCUGGUUACACAGGGCUGUGAAGAUCGGAGACCAUGUUCAUAUCAUCGAGGAGCUUCAGCUGUUCGAGGAGAAACAACCAAUCAAUAACAUGGUGAUAUCACAAAAACAGAACAGCAUCUAUGUGAGUGCCGCCUCUGGAGUGGUGCAAGUACCCCUGUCAUCCUGUGAGCGCUACACCUCCUGUUAUGACUGUGUGUUUGCACGAGAUCCAUUCUGUGGCUGGGAUGGUAGAGUGUGUGCUGAAAUAGCAGAUUAUGCUAACAGGUCCAGUCUCAUCCAGGAUGUCCAGAUGGGAGGCAGAGGCUGUACUAACAUUACAAGCGAUGGUUUUGUCAUGCACCGGACUCGUGCAGUGAUGGCAGGAGAUGAUGUGCUGUUACAGUGUGAGAUCCGUUCUAACCUGGCCACCCCUCACUGGACACUGAACGGUCAGGAGCUGGAAGGUUACGGCGUAGACGUCGGCUACCGCACCGGCACUGACGGCCUCCUCAUCAUUGGCGCUCAGAACCAGCAAAGUGGACACUACCGCUGUUACGCAGUAGAGAACGGCGUCUGGGUUCCUGUUCGCAGCUAUAUGGUACGAGUCCAACCCGUUCCGCCCCCCGCAUCGCAUCUCUCGGGAAGCCCGACGGCUUUACCCGAAAGUUUCUUUACCACCACAACUGCGCCAACUCCGAGUCCUUCCAGCGGUCCUGUGGAGCAGCUUCUGUCGCCCCCACCGGCCCUGUUGCCUUCUAGGCCGGAGUUCCAGACCUACAGGCACAUGGAGGCCAUGUAUAUCUCUCUGGUGGCUGUUCUCGGUGGGCUUUGCCUGGUUCUAACGGUGGUCCUCCUGUACGUUAGCUUCUGUGCACGCAACUCUCCCAAUGCCAGAAAGUACUCCCAGCAAGCUCUGUCCAUAACCACAGCGACCGAAAGAAAGAGGAGCUCGCACUUUGAGCUCAAAACCAUCUCCAGCCACUGCAAUGGCAGAGCGGAGGGGCGUAGCAGAGCGAUGUCAAGAGAUGGAGAGUUCCUACAGAUCGUUCCAGCGGACAUCCAGACCACGCCUAGUAAGGAACCUCCGCCCGCACCUCCACUUCCUAUGCCGCCGCCCCUGCCCGCAUCGGAGUAUGUCAACGGACUGUCGGCCACGUUGCCAAGCGUGCUGAGAAAGAUGAACGGGAAUAGCUACGUACUCCUGAGGCAGACGGACACGGAAAUGACGUCUCCGCUUUACCACUCCUUCACCGAGGAGCUCAACAGGAUUCUAGAAAAGAGGAAACACACACAAUUGGACAUCCAACCAGAUGAGAGCUCAGUGUAGCAUGAUCUCGCAGCACUGCUAUAUCGCCCCCUUGUGGUGUGGAGGCUUACAUUUUGUAUAAGAGCCAAGAGAACGGUGUGCUGUGAAGUUCUUUGUGAUCGCGAUAUACAAAUUUAACUUAUUUGGCUUGGCGCCCUUUGAGAAUCAUCUUGUGAAAAUAUAUUCGUGAAAAUAUUGGUCGACUUUACGUCAAAUGUAGCUAAAGACACCUAGACUUUGGACCUCGAAGUGUAAAACUCACAAGAUGGACUUUUGUUUUAAAGGAGAAGUAAGAGACUUAAGAACACUGUCCAAAGACUUUCUUAGCAAAGCAAUGCAUAUUUGUACAUAAUUAAUGUGGUAUUAUUGCGCAAAUGCAGAUGUUUACAGAUUUUUUUGUUUUUGCCUAAUUGCACCUGAUGUAAAUAACAAUCAUUUUAUUAUCAAAGUACAAUAAGUCGAAACUUCUUUGCUCGAUCAUUAAUCAUUCAGAAAGAGUUUGGGUGUUGAACUUGUGGGCAACAUUUCAUGAGUGUGAGGGCACAUGUUCUUGAGCUUUGGACUUUUUAACAAUGCAAUUUCGCACACUAGAUUGCAGUCAGAUUGCAGGAGCAGCGAGUGUUAGCACAUGCAUCGUUGACAUCUACAGAUACAGAGGUGGUCAUUUUCAGAGCCACUCAGCUGUAGAAUUCAACGCCUCCUUCAGGGAUGAGUUGUGUUUCUCUUUGGCAGUGUGUCAGAAGGAGUGAAUGGAUCUCAAAAUGGAAGAAACACUCUCUCUGAUACAUGAUUUCCCUGUCAAAUGCUGUCCAGCUUUGACAGAAUAUGCUUUUAUAUUUAAAUGAAGGAAGAGAUGCUCACAAAGGGGAGUAAAAGCCAAAAAAACAGGACUUUUGAAGUUUGAUGAGUUUGCAUUUAGUUAAUUUUAUGCAUUCUGAAUGCAUGGCAACAAUUGACUGUUUUAAACUCCAGACAUAAAUGUAUUUCUAUUAGGGCUGUCAGUUUAUUAUUGUAAUUUACUCAAAUUAAUUUAAAAAAAUCUGAUUCACUACAGCUCAAAUGUUUGGGGUUAAUUUCUUUUGCUCACCAAGGCUGCAUUCAUUUGAUCUAAAAUACAGUAAAAAGAGUAAUAUUGUGAAUUAUUUCAAAAUAACUGUUUUCUAUUACAGUAUAUUUUAAAAUCUAAUUUAUUCCUGUUAUAGCAAAGCUGAAUUUUCAGCAUCAUUGCUCCAGUCCUCAGCGUCACAUGAUCCUUCAGAAAUCAUUCUUAUAUGAUGAUUUGGUGUUCAAGAAACAUUUCUUAUUUAUACCAAUGUUAAAGACGGUUGUGUUGCUUAUAAUAAUUUUAUGGAAAUCGUAAUACAUUUUUGCAGGAUUCUUUGAUGAAUAGAAAGUUCAAAAUAACUGAAUUUCUUUGAAAAAUAUCUUACUAACCCCAAACUUGAACAGUAACAUUAACUGAUUAUUAAUGAAAAUUUUAGCACAAUUAAUAAUGCCCCCUAAUCCAAAUCCAUUUAGUAAAAAAAGAUUUGCAAUUUAUAUGACAUAAUGAUAUCACAAUGUCUAUGUACUGAUUGCUAUUAUAAUAGCUGAAUUAUUUUUAUUUGGGGGCUUUUCUCAGCCACUGAGUAACUGAAAUUAAUUUGAUUCAGUAAUCAGCAUAUUGUAAUUAAUUAGCUUACAUUUAAACUGACAGGCCUAAUAUCUAUACAGCUGCAUGUCUUAUUUCUGCUGUGUGUAUUGUGACCCUGGUUUUGUUCUAGAUUGUAAACAGUGUUACAGCGAGACGUGUUGAGUCAGCUCUUGUCGUUUCUCCCUAGUGGCUUUCCCAGCUCGUGCUCGAGCUCGUGUUAGUCAGUGUUGCUGACAGGAACAGCACUGCUUAGCAAGAACUCAAUCAAGAUGCAGAGAGAGGUGUGGAGUCUUUCCUUAAAGCAGCAGAAAGAGUAGGGAGACAUGAUGUGCUUGUUUUGGCCAGUAAGUCGUGAAGCUUGUAUACAUGAGUGCUGUCACACUGACUCAAUGUGCUUCAGCUCGUCCCUUGUUCACCUUCUGCAUCCAUGCACUUCAACCACUUGUCUGAUCUAUAUAACAUUUUUGAUCCGUCUUCCAUGAGAUGUAUUUCUGUUGCAUAUGAGCGUCAGUAUAAAUAUGAUUAUGAUGCCUUUUUGGUAUACAAGACUAAUUUUAUUGGGUUUUCGGGUGAAACAGGGUAUUUACACGGCUGUUCAAAUAUUUAGGGACGGUUUUUAAAGAAAUGAAUACUUUUAUUCAGCAAGGGUGCAUUUAAUUGCAUUUAGUAAAGGCAUUUACAUUGCAAAAAACAUUUUUGUUUCUACAAAUGGUGACCCUUAUAACAUUCUAAUCAUCAAAAAAAGCAAUAACACAAACGUUUUGGCAAAUUAUGACAGUAAUAGGAAAUGUUUCUUGAGCAACAAAACAGCAAAUCAGAAUAAUUUCUGAUAAUAGUUGCAGAAAAUGUAGCUUUGCUGUCACAUGAAUAAAUUGCAAUAGAAAUCUGUUAUUUCAAAUUGUAAUAAUAUUUCAAAAUAUUACUGUUUUUACUGUAUUUUCGACCAAAUAAAUGCAUCCUUGAUGAGCACAAGAGGCUGAUAAGUUGAUUCAGCGUGGAGAAAGUUAUUAUAUUGUGUUGAACGAUUACAAAGACGGACAUUUUUUUUCUUUGGAAUAGUGUGCACGGAUGAACUGUUCACAAUAUUAACAUGUAUUAAGAAAGUAAAUAAUUUUGAUUUCAUGUUGACUUAAGUGCUGUAUGCCUAUGGUGUACUUCUAGUCAUAAACUGUGAUUCAUCAUGAUUUAAAUAUUAGCGGUUUGCUGUCAUUGUGUUUGUGAACAUCCACUGCCUUCCCUAUAAUCGCACAGAACGUUUUGCACUUCAUAUUUUCCCAAAGUUUUUGCUAUGCUUACAUGUCAGUCACGGUGUGUAUUCGUGGGCACAUUGUUUCACUAUUUUAGAGCUUAUACUUAAUGAUAUCUGAUGUUUACAUCCUAUUAAAGUGUUUAUCAUCAUUGCUACUGCCUUUGUAUCUUGUGCACCCCAAAGGUUAAAGAUCAUUUUGCAUGCAAGUUCUCUAAAAAGAAACCUCUGACUAACCUGAACCUAAUUUUCUGUCACAGUAGGAGAUUUUAACCAGAUCCCCAUCUGUAUCAGGCCUGUUGGUAUGUCCCCCAUGUAUCCGUUACUUAGCAACACAGCUCUUAAUUUAGAACUUUCUUUAAUCCACAUAAUAGGUCAAGCUAGUUUUCACUGGGGGAAAAAGAUGUGAUCAGAGCACAAGUCUCAUCUGCUUGUAAUAAAUGGGACAUAAUAAAUAUACUUCUCUCUUGUGAA